AUGGCUAGGAUUAAGGUUCACGAGCUGAGGGAGAAAUCAAAGACCGAUCUUCAGAGCCAGUUGAACGAUUUCAAGGCUGAGCUCGCCCUCCUCCGUGUCGCUAAAGUCACCGGAGGUGCCCCUAACAAGCUCUCCAAAAUCAAGGUGGUGAGGAAAUCAAUUGCUCAGGUGUUGACAGUGAUCUCCCAGAAACAGAAAUUUGCGCUAAGGGAAGCAUACAAGAACAAGAAGUUCUUGCCUCUCGAUCUACGUCCCAAGAAGACACGUGCUAUCCGUAGACGUCUUACCAAGCAUCAGUCUUCGUUGAAGACGGAGCGUGAGAAGAAGAAGGCAAUGUAUUUCCCACUGAGAAAGUAUGCUAUUAAAGCUUAG